GAACGUCGCAGCAGGUGCAGCGCGAGCUGUGUUUACCUGGAGAGGAAGAAGGAGCGAGAGCAGAGAGAGGUGGGGGGGAGAAGAAUAAUAGGGUCAUGGUGCAGAGGUUAUCAACAGGCGGCUCUUUGUUAAGGAUUCGCCGUCUCGUAUUCACCACACAGUCAGUGCAUUGCGGCUCUUGAAAUAUUGAGUGAUUGUUUUUUUAAAACCGAAUUAUAACUAAUUGUAUAUUAUUGUUUAUUUGGGGGUUCCGACCCGUGGGCUUGUGUUUUGGAGCAUUAAAGUUUGUGACCUCUGCGAGAGGGAAGAUGAUGAAGACGGUACACAUGGGGGUGGUGAGCUCGAGAGACGAAGACACGGGUACUGACGAAGACAAACGGGGCGACACGUAGACACGGGAUGAAGAGCUCAACGCAGACACGCGGGAGACGCCGAUUAACGCACUGAGAUGCAGCGUCGACAGAUUGGGGACAAAGCGACAGACACACGGACGGAGGCGCAGAUGGGUUGCACGGACACGUGGUGAGAUGAUUACCCCGCCAGGUGCAAGGAUUAAUCUCGGAAGCCUUCAAAGAAUCUGCACGCAUCGCAGGGUUGGACCAAAGUUCUGCGACGUUGCUUUCCUCGGCUUCUUCCUUUUUCUUAGUUCUGUUAUUUUCCCGUUUCGUGACAAGGAACAACACCCAGACUCCCUGAGAAAUCCGGUUGGGGAUUCUUAAAGCGCCGGUGAGAAUACAAAUCGCGUGACGCGAUUGCCUCAUCCAGCGCAGCUCUCCUCUGCGUCCUCCUCCGCCGCCGCGCCGUUCACUCUCGCCGCCCUGCUCAGCCAUGGAACACCUGGAGGAGGACCUCACGUGCCCCGUGUGCUUCUCGCUGUUCGAGGAGCCGCGCGUCUUGCCCUGCUCGCACACCUUCUGCCGCCGCUGCCUGGAGAGCGUCCUGCAGGCCACGGUGGAGCAGUUCCCGCUGUGGCGCGCCCUCCGCGUGCCCCUCAAGUGCCCGAGCUGCCGCCACAUGUUCGACAUGCCCUCGGCGGGCCUCUCCUACCUGCCGCUCAACUACUCGCUGGUGGCCAUCGUGGAAAAGUACCGGCGCCAGCAGAAGCUGCAGCGCGAGCGCGAGCUCGCCGAGUCGGCGCGCCCGCCGGCGUGCGCCGAGCACAGCGAGCAGCCGCUCAACGUCUACUGCCUCACGGACCGCACGCUCGUGUGCGGCUUCUGUCUCACGCUGGGCGAGCACCGCAGCCACGACAUCGAGUCGCUCGCGUCCGCCUGCGCCCGCGAGGGCCGCGUGCUCGAGGAGAGCACGCGAGCGCUGCUCUCCGACGACGACGACGAAGGCGACGGUGGGGGCGCCGGCGCUGGCGGCCCCAGUAGCAGCGGUGGCAGUGACGACGACGACGACGACGACGACGACGUGAUGGGGGUAGCCGUGGACCAGCAGCGGCGGCGGCGGCGGCGGCAGGAGGAGGAGGAGGAGGAGGGAGUUGGAGAUUCGGCCACCGUUUCGGAUCCAGUUCCGGAAGAUGGUGGCGAUGCUCAUCGUGGUAACGAUGGUGACGAUGCUGCCGAGGAUGACCAGCAGCAGGAGGAGGUUGAGGAAGAGGCUCAGGAUGUGGAGCGGCAAGGGGAGCGUCGCAGGAGGAGGACGACAAGCGGCGGGACGAGCGAGGAGGAGUUGGGGAGUGGAAGGGAAGAUCAGGGAGGGGAAAAUGGACGGGGAGACCGAGCUGGUGGGGACGAGGCGGUCGCUCGAGGGGCCAAGGAAGCGGUGGACGAGCAAAACGAGGAGCAGAAUCGGAGCCCGCGACGUCGAGCGAAGCAACGUCACCCGGGCCCCUGGGCCACGGCGCGAACCCAGCUGCUGGAGCUCGAGGCGCAGCGCGCCGGGUACGAGGUGCUGGUGAACCAGGAGGCGGCGCAGGUGGAGGCCUACUUCGCGGCGCUGCGCGACGACCUCGGCAAGCAGCAGAUGGCCGUGAUGGAGUACAUGGAGGCGGCGAGCCGGCAUGCCUCGCUGGGCUACGAGCGCGCCAUCGGCGUGCUGCGCGGCGUGCUGGACGAGCACGCCGCCGUGCUGACGCUGGCCGGGGAGGCCCAGGACGCGAUGCUGCUGGGCGAGCCCGUGGCCUUCCUGCAGAAGAUGCACGUGUUCCGCGAGCGCUACGAGCUGCUGCGCGCCGCCGCGUGCGCCGCCCGGCCCGAGCCGCCGAGCUUUGGUCCCCGCUGCCAAGACUACCUGGUGCGCGGCUGGGCCGACGUGCCGCUCGGACGGCUCGGGGACGCGCCGCUGCCCCGACUUCCGUACGACGACGACGACGACGAAGCCGACGGCAACGGCGGCGGCGGCGAGGACGAUGGCGGCGGUGGCGUUCGGCGCGACGGCGGAGGAGGCCUGGGCGCAGGGGAUUUGGGGUCAGCGGGUGAAAACGGAGCCGUCUACGGCCACAACCACCACCUGUCCGUCAUCCUGGAGGAGGAGACGGAAGAGGACGACAACGUCGAUGGAACUGAACAGAAGGCUGACGAACUCGACCUUGACGGCGGCUGGGUUGCCGGAGCCGGCGGACGAGCGUCGGCAUCGCGAGCGUCAACGGCCGCCGACGUUCACGCGCUUCUCGACGGCGACGCGGAUGACGGCGUGACGGAGGAGGAGCUGGCGACCGCGUGGCUCCCGUUCGAGGUGGAGCAGGGCCUCGUCCUCCUCUCGGCGCUGGCGAGCCUUCGCUGGGCCGACGCGGCGGCGCUGGCGGUGCGCGCCGCGAGGAUCUCCGAGGCGUCGGCGCGGAAGGUCCUCGGCCGGGGCGGCCGGGCCUUGCUCCGCGCGCUGGGCCCCGCGUCCUCUCCUCGGCCCGCGCUCCUCCUCCCUGCUCUCUGGCUCUCCGUCGCCCUCUUCCUCGCCUUCUGCUGCUGCUGCUUCUUCGCCUCGCUCCUCGGCCGCGGCGAAGACGGCGCGGCGGCGGCGCCGGGGAAGCUCGGGGCGCCGGGCGCCGUGGGGCUAGCGCUGCUGCCGCUGCUGCCGCUGCUGCCCUGCGUCGCCGUGGUGGGCGCCAACGUCCUCAUGCGGCGGCAGCAGGGCCUGGGGUGUGGCCGGGGGCCCAAAUGGGCCGUGGGGUCCGUGGGGGCUCUGAGGGCCGUGGGGGCACGUGUGCGUGCCGCCCUCUAGAGGAAGACGGCACGAGGAGGAGGAGGGGACGACCAAUUCGCCGCCCCUGGACACUCGGUAGCCACCAGAUGCGGCGAGCUACCUGCUGCUAAUGUAGUGGUUGGUGGUUAAUUUAAUCAGUUCAUGAACCCAAUCUAUUCUCGCAAUCGCGAGGCGUUAAAUUGGACCGUGCGUGACGCAAGAUUAGUAUUUUCGCUUGAUUUUUUUUUUAUUAGCCGUGAGGUGUUGGGGCUUCCGUGGCCCGGCGAGGUUGCUAGGUGGCCAUAAAGAUGUGACCGUGUACAGCAAAGUAGGUGGCUACUCUGUCCUUUUGCUUUGCUUGUGAGUUUUAUUUGGGUUUAUCCCGCCCUCAAAACGCCUCGCGGGGGUGACAGUUGGUCAAAUAUCCCAAUGCAGCAGGCAGGACCUUCCUGAAAAAAAAAAGGUCUUGCUUGAGACUCUGAGACAUUUCUGCAUAAAGGCCAUUGUUGUGACUUACACAAUUAUAGAAUUUAAAUUAUCAUUUUGGAUUAAAUGGCAAACGCUAAUCCGAGACCUAUUACGAUUUUCUUGGAUAAAAUAAUGUCUUUGUUUCGUAUUGGUCCCGAAAUGGAUCAUAAUAAAAAUAAUAAUACUGUGGUGAAAAUUACAAAAAUGCUGUAAUUGUAAUACUUCGCAAGCAACUAAAUCUGUUAUCUGUGAUAGUCGUGGGGCGCUCAGACUUCUCCAUCAACUUGAAUAAAAUGAGGUGUUCGGAAGAUCGAUUGAUCGAAAUCGCCAAUUCGGCGAAUCUGCCACGGAGCUGCCUAUCCGCCCUACCAUUUCUAAUGACCCCGGCCGCGUGAUGCGACCCGCGCCUUCCAAAACCGUACAACGGAUAGGGGCGCGCCAGGCGCGGAAAUUUUGGGGCGCCUCUGCUUCUGUGUCACGAUGCUCGUCUCUGUUCACGCGUCCCGAGAACAACUUCGUGAGCUCGCCGUCCGUACGGGUGAACGACACCCGUACGCGACUCGAGGAAGGGCGUGGACAUGCGCCGUGGAUAUACGGGGGCUGUGCAGCGUUUGGUGGGUGGGAGGGGGGCAACCAGUGGGGUAAUGCAAACACAAAAAAAAAACACAGUAUAUUCCUGGAGCUAUACUCUUCCACUUUCGCCAACCCACACUACUCGAGCGGGAUUGUGAGGCGUGGCAAAAUAAUCGCCCCGUUCCCACGACUCGCACGGCCAAUGCGGGGAGGGGGGGGGAGGCCAUCAUCCAUCCAGCAGUGGAUUGACCACCAAGAGUCGUGCCGAACGUGGGAGGGGGGAUAUUGCGGGGGGUUCGUCCGCUGAGUGGCCUGGAAAAUAUUCACGAGCCCCUCUGCGCCCCCUAGUGGCGGGAUUUGAACUCCUGUUGUGCCGCAAUAUCCAAUACAUUGACGCGCAGGGCCGAUUUGUUAAACUGGAGAUAGAUGGCUUCAUCUCAAGGUUGUGAUCCAGAGAUUUUCUGGAACUCCGCCCCAGAGAGCUCUCGCUCGUCAUACUUUUUUUCCCCCCUUGGUCAUUACGAAAGUCAACUCGAUUCGUAACUCUUCCUAACCCGAGGUACGUCACUUGGUCGACCACCCUACGAUAUGAGUGCUGAAUGUAGACCGGCAGAGAGUCUGAAAUGUAUCUCAGGCACGGAUGGGUCCACAACUAACGGCUACACUUGGGGUGAGGAGUGGUGGCGCAGUGAUUAGCGCACUGCGCUAUGAACCCGUUCACUUGUGUUCAAUCCCCGACCACGGCUCACAUCAGUGGCGAGUGAUAUCUGAAGCGUUCCUGAGUAUCCCUUCUCCACCGACUCACACUGGCCAGCAUGAAGUAUGGAUAAGUAACCCCCAACGACCAAAACUACUUUUGGUUACACGGUUAAAGAUUUCCCACUUUAACGCUUUUGUAUAGUCUUUGUAGCGAUUAUGGAGGUCGCCUCUAUUUGAGUUUAUUUUGUGUAUGGCUUCUAUAUGUGAUAAGUUAAGCUUUUAAGUUGCUAUCAUUCCCUUCCUAAAGGUAGUGUUAACUAGUUGACCAAUGUUAUUUUAAUGAUUUGAAAGCUGGACUUCAACGAAGCUACUCCAAUCUAAGUGUUUUGCCACUGCAUAUCAAUGACAGGUGGAGCAGUGGCGCAGUUAGUUGGCUCACUGCACGUUUAGGGUUUUUGGCUGCUACACAUUUCCACGUGAUAAGCCACUUUGUUUAGCUAUAGUUUGUGGCCUGGUCGCUUCUGAAACAAGAGCUAUAUAGCUCGGUGGGUCUUACCUGGUACAAUACAAACAUACUC